AUGAAUCUCCCGAUGGCGUCAGAAGACGAUCGGCAAGUCGCACAGGAGCUCGGGCUCCUCCUACGGGGCACCGGGGACGGAAAUGUGCAUUUCUCUCAGACUCGUUACGAGCAAGUGUCUAUAUCGGGGACGACUGGGGGAGCAGGAGACGGCUCUGCAGCGUCAGCAGGCGCAUCGCUAGCAGCGCAGUAUGGGAUGCGAGACCAGCAGGGGGCUGGGGGGGGCGCUAUGGCGGGCGGAAUGGCGGGCGCGGAGGGUUUUGGCGGCGCGCCUGCGGGGGGGGGAUAUGGCGCGCGGGACUACCCCCACAGGAGCGGUAGCGCUCCGCCGUCGGUGGAAGGGUCCAUAUUUGCGAUGGGUAAUUUCCCCGGGUUUUCUUUCAACCGUCAGUUUCUCGGCGCCGAUGCGCUGGGCAAUCAGCCCGGUGCCGGAACUGACGGCGGCGGCGGCGGCGGCGGCGGCGGAUCAGCCGCUGCGAUUCAGCUUCAGCAGCAGCAGCAUCAGCAGCAGCAGCAGCAACAGCAGCAGCUGCAGAAGCAGCGGGAUGCGCGGAAGCUUUUAGAUCGUUUGCAGGACGAGGAGGCUUUAAGAGCCGAUCCGGGGUAUUUAGAGUACUACUACCGCAAUCACCACUUAAACCCCCGCCUUCCGCCGCCGCUUAUUUCCCGCGACACUUACCGCCUGGCGCAGCGGCUACAGUCUUCCGCCGCCCUAGGGCUCGGCGGAGAGGGCGCGCCGAAGUUCCCCAGCGGCGGAGAAGGCGCGGAAAGCGGGGGAGGGGGGUAUGCGCAAGGGGGAGCUGGGGGGUAUGAGAUCCGCGCGGGGCUUGGUCAAGACGGCAGCGCGGGGACGUUUGGGGAGGACGGCGCGGGGAUGGGCUCGCUACGACAGUUCGAUGACGGGCAUGGUUUGCGAACGGGGAGAUCCUCGUCGUCCAAUCUGUUGUUUCCGCCGACCACGCUCCCCACUCAUCGGGAGGAGAUGGAGAGUCUUUUAGAGGAUGUGCUUACUUCGGGGGGAAAGGACGACGGCGACGGGGGCGCGCAGGGCGCCGGCGCAAACCCAGGCGGAGGCGGAGGCGUGGGGGCGGGGGGAGCUGGCGCGGAGAGGGGCGAGGGUGUGGCGGACAGAUGGGGCGCAGCGGGGGUUGGGAGCGGAAGCUUUGCGGGAUUGGCCUAUCGGCCUAAGAGCCUCGUUGAUCUCAUUCAGGUUAGUUGA